AUGAUGAAGAUUCUCGGCGGCCACCACCUUCGCGACAUGAGCCCGUUCCCGAACCUUGUGCGCGAAAGAUGGGGCGACCUCCCGGGAAGCACUCUCUACAACUUCCUUCCCUCGGUGGGCAUCCGCACUACCAGCAAGGCCGAGGACGAGACCCUGUGCCUCGCGGGCGUUCUGGGGCUCGACGUCCAGCCACUCCUAGAAUGCGACAAAACCGACCGGAUGAAAACCUUCUUGUCGCUCCUGGACACCAUUCCACCAGAUCUGAUCUUUGCACCGGGCCCCAGGUUGCAGGACGCCGGAUACGGGUGGGCGGCGACGUCUUUCUUGGGCGCUAUCCACGAGCCAUUGACGCAGCUCAUACAAGCUUCUCAGCUCCUUCAGCCAGGCCUGCUACAGGCCCGGGGCCUGAGGGUCGUGCUACCUGGGCUGAGGGUGAGGAAUUCGGUACUGCCGGAGAGCGAUGUCGUGUUCGCAUUUGACGGAUAUUCACGGAUGAAGCUCCAACUCACGCCAGGAGGACGAUGGAGCACGUACAACGAAUCAGACGGUCUGAUGGUGGUUAUGUCACAAUAUACAGAAAGGGGCGCCGUGGUGCUGUUAGAAGAGAGGCAGGAGGGGACAUGGUAUGUGAAAUUCCAGGAGCUGCUUACGGUUGAGGUCUACGAGAAGGGGUUUGAGCCGUCCGUAUCUGCGGAGGAGCUGGAUGAUGACACUGUAUGGUGCGUCAAUUGA